UAUCCUCUACGCUACAGUUUUCCUCUAUGCACUCACUCCCUCCCUGAUAACUGCACAGUAUUAUCCUCCAUUAUUGCAUCAUGCAAUGUUGCAAUAAAGAACUCAAAACAAGUGAUGUUAACUCAGAUUAGGAGAAAUAUCAGGAGUUCUUGCAGUGCAGGGGAUAAAGGCUGGAUCAGGACUGGCAUUCUUUCUCAUCAGAGACUAUAUCUGGGGAGGCCCUUUGGCAGGCCAGACAAAACCUCACUCAAAGAAGCUUCUUAACGCGGCCCGCUUUUAUCUCAGAGGGAGGAGAGGAAGGGGAAAAAAAGUCUGUGGAAGAAUUCCAGUCAUGUCAGGAAUGCGAAACUACGGGCCGUGUCAUCCCGUGAGUCAUUGCGCUACUCAAUGCCAAAGUGAGAUUGAAGCGAGGUGUUGUCUGCCUUCACUGCCUGACAUUCCAGUCCUGUCCCAGGCCCCACUCCCACAGGACAGCUGCUACCUCUGUAAGGAAUAUCUCAGGGAUCCCGUGGCCAUCCCGUGUGGCCACAUCUUCUGCUCCAUCUGCCUAAAGACCUACUGGGACCAUGCAAACCACACUGGCUCAUACCUCUGCCCUGAGUGCAGGGUGACUUACAACAAGAGGCCCACUCCGAGGCGCAUGGGAGGCUCCCGGCACUCCACCAUCCAACGCGACUCUGAGGCAUUUCCUCCACCCCCUCCGUCCCCGGACUACAACUAUGCCGGACCCCAGGAUGUUGGCUGCGACAUCUGCAUCGGCAAAAAGCACAAAGCCAUCAAGACCUGCCUGAUGUGCCUGGCUUCCUACUGCGAGAAGCACCUUAAGCCCCACUUUGAGUCAGCCACUUUCAAAAGGCACAAACUGGUUGAUGAAAUUGGCCACCUAGACAGGCAGAUUUGCCCACAGCAUCAGAAAGGCUUGGAGCUGUUCUGCCGCACCGAUCAGAUGUGCAUCUGUGUGCUGUGUACGGUGAAAGAGCAUAAGGGUCAUGACAUGGUGUCAGCAGAGCAGGAAAGAACUGAAGAGCAGCAACGUCUAGGCGCCACCCAGGCUGAAAUCCAGGAAAAGAUUCAUGACCGUCUCAAGCAGAUGGAGGAGCUGAAACAAGCUGUGGACUCACUCAAGAACUCGGCCCAGAGAGCGCUCCAGGAAUGCGAGAAGAUGUUUAGUGACAUGAUGCGCUCCAUCGAGAGGAUGCAACAGGAGAUGACCAAGCUGAUAUCAUCAAACAAGAGAGCUGCACUCAACAAUGCAGAGGGCCACAUGGAGCGUUUGACUCACGAAAUUGCCGACUUGAAGAAGAGAGACACUCAUAUCACCCAACUGUCCCGCACUGAGGACCACAUCCACUUCAUCCAGAGUUACCACAUGCUGCUAGCCCAGACGGACGCUGAGGAGUUGCCUUCAGUCUCCGUAAAUCCCUACUUCACCUUUGGCUCUGUGACCAAAGCUGUCUCCGAGAUGAAGCAGCACCUGAAUGAAUUCAGCAACGACGAGCUGGUGAAGGUCGCCAAAACAGUGAACAAAAUGACCUUCUGUCAGCUGGAUGAGCCCAAAAAGAAACACUCAAUUAAAAGUGAAGAGGCCGUGAUGUACAAGGCCAUACCCGUCCAGGAACCUCAGUACAGGGACGACUUCUUGAGAUAUGCUUGCCAGCUCACUCUGGACCCAAACACAGCCUACAGACAGCUCUACUUGUCUCGAGGGAAUAAAAAGGCCGCGCUCAAGAGAGAUCCCCAAGAUUACGGAGACAACCCCUCCAGGUUUGACUCCUUGCCCCAGGUCCUCUGCAAGGAGAACCUCGCUGGAGGCGCCUACUACUGGGAGGUAGACUGGAGGGGUGAGGGCACAGCCAUCGGAGUCACCUACAAAGGCAUCAAGAGGGCGGGCUAUGGAGACAGCUGCCGCAUCGGCUACAACCGCAAGUCAUGGAGCCUGUUCUGCUCCGAUUCCAGCUACUCGGCUCGCCACAGCAAGGACCAGACAGAGAUAAACGCGCCUUACUCCUCCCGCAUCGGGGUCUUCCUGGACUACGAUGGGGGCACUCUCUCAUUCUACACCGUAGGGGACACCAUGUCCCUCCUCCACCGCUUCAAGGCCUCCUUCAGCGAGCCUGUCUAUCCAGGGUUUUGGGUUUGGUACGAUUCUGCAAUCACCCUCGUCCAGCUGUGAUUUAAUAAAAAUCCGUCCAACAAUCACUGAAUAAUCAUCUGUUAUUACUUUUUAUACAUAUGUGUGUAUUUUACAAAUAUAUAUUUCCUUUUUUUACAUUGAGAAUGUGUGUUGAUCAAAGGGAAGCUGUUAUGAUGGAUGUGAUUUUAUUUUAUUUUUUUACUUAUAAUGAACAAAUGUUAGGGGGAAAGCACUUACAGAGUAACUCCAAAUAUAUACAGUCCUUGACUGACGUAUGCUAUGAUAAUUUCAUAUUAAACUUAAUUUUAUCAAUAAACAUUUGAUUUAACACAUAAA